AAAAAAAUAAUCAUGUUGCCUUGAUCCAAGUCAGCAGCACUGAUACUGAUGCCUGCCAAUGGCCACUCCUCAUGAGACAGCAAGCAAGCUGUGAUUAAACAAGUUAUCCUGACUCCAUCUGUGGUUAUCUUCUGGUAUGAUCCGGCUGUGGGUCGCGGACGUGCUGGAGCCUAUCCCAGCUGUCAUCGGGCAGGAGGCGGGGUACACCCUGAACUGGUUGCCAGCCAAUCGCAGGGCACAUACAAACAAACAACCAUUCGCACUCACAUUCACACCUACGGGCAAUUUAGAGUCUCCAAUUAAUGCAUGUUUUUGGGAUGUGCGAGGAUACCGGAGUGCCCGGAGAAAACCCACGCAGGCACGGGGAGAACAUGCAAACUCCACACAGGCGGGACCGGGGAUUGAACCCGGGUCCUCAGAACUGUGAGGCUGACGCUCUAACCAGUCGGCCACCGUGCCGCCGUAUUGUUAGCAUGUAUAAAUAUAUAUAUAUACAUAUAUAUACAAAUAAAUGAAUUGAUAAUUGUUACACAAGAAGAACACUGCAGUACAUUUCAAGACUUAAUGUAAAUGACCUUUUCAAAAUCAUCAAGGAAAUCAAAUGGCUCUAUUGACUAACAUUAUAGUGGGGUGUACAUUUCAAACAGCAAAUGUUGUUUAUUGCCCUAUACAGGGCUCCAUAAAUAGUAUUCUAUUGAGAUGAUGGCAUUUUAUAAAGAGGGUGAGUCCUACUAGAGGUCUGCCCUGACAAUUAUUCAUUGACACGUUGAAUGACCCGCCCUUGCUACUCCUCUUCGCUGUCUUUGACUUGUUCUCCUCACUCCCUACCUUCUUCCAUGACAUCCAGCUGCACUUGCACCUGCGUCUUCCUCUCCAAAUUCGGCAUCUUUACAUCCUGAGCAUAAGCAUGGCAGGGCUGAAGUCGUUCUUCGUGAGCCUGUCGAGGACGAAACCUCUGGAGCCCGAUGGGGAGGAGUCCACCUUUAACCGAUGCCUAACCACUCUGGACCUGGUGGCGCUCGGUGUGGGCAGCACCCUUGGAGCCGGCGUCUACGUCCUCACCGGCGAAGUGGCCCGAGAGACGGCUGGGCCCAGCAUCAUCCUCGCCUUCUUCAUCGCUGCCCUGGCAUCCAUAUUUGCUGGACUGUGCUAUGCAGAGUUUGGCUCCAGAGUCCCUAAAACAGGCUCGGCAUACCUGUACAGCUAUGUGACCGUCGGGGAGCUGCUGGCUUUUAUCACCGGAUGGAAUCUGCUUCUCUCCUAUGUCAUAGGGACGUCCAGUGUUGCAAUUGCAUGGAGUGGCACGUUUGAUGACCUCAUCGGGGGUGUCAUGUCCAAAUACUUGGCAGAGAAUGCAGCAAUGGACCUUCCAUUCUUGGCACCCUACCCAGAUGCCUUUGCUGCUUUUCUUAUUAUGGUUCUAUCUGGCUUACUCUCCAUUGGCGUGAAAGAGUCAACCACAAUCAACAAGGUCUUUACUGGGGUCAACAUCCUAGUUCUGGUCUUUGUCGCCAUCUCAGGCUUCAUCAAAGGAGACAUCGCUAACUGGCAAAUCAGUGAAGAUGAUUUGCGCAACGCCACAGCACAGCUCAAUAACCUGAGCACCACCGCCAAUCUGACAAGCAACUUUGGAGUCGGUGGCUUUUUCCCCUACGGCUUCAGUGGAACCCUGGCUGGGGCAGCAACAUGCUUCUACGCCUUUGUGGGCUUUGACUGUAUCGCGACGACUGGUGAGGAGGUAAAGAACCCUCAAAAGUCUGUUCCAGUGGGGAUUGUGGCCUCUCUACUUAUCUGCUUCCUGGCCUACUUUGCUGUUUCUGCCGCGCUCACGCUGAUGAUGCCUUACUACAUGCUCAGCAAAAAAAGCCCCCUUCCCGUGGCCUUUCAACACAUCGGCUGGGGUGCCGCCAAAUAUGUUGUGGCUGUGGGGUCAUUGUGUGCCCUGUCCACAAGCCUUUUGGGCUCCAUGUUCCCCAUGCCCCGGGUGAUGUUCGCCAUGGCAAGAGACGGCCUUCUUUUCCGACCGUUGACCAAAGUCACCUCCAGAGGUAGUCCUGCUGUGGCUACCGUAUCAUCCGGAACUGUGGCAGCCAUCAUGGCUCUGCUGUUUGACCUGGACGCCUUAGUGGAGAUGAUGUCUAUUGGGACCCUUUUUGCCUACACACUUGUGGCGAUAUGUAUCCUAAUACUGAGGUAUCAGGUGACGCCAUCUGAUGACGGGCAACUACAAAUCAUGGAAUCCAACACCAAAUUUGGCUUUAUAAAGCCGCCAUCGUCUCCAAAUUCAGACACGUCAAAAAGAGUCACGAGUCUGAUUUUAGUCUCCAUUGUGUGUGUGGCUGCUCUGUGCAUCACCCUGAGCCUGGCUAUUGAUGCCUUAUACCGCGUGGAGGCAUGGAGUGUGGCGCUCGUCUGCAUCCUUUCCAUUAUCCUGCUACUUGCCGUUUUUCUCAUCUGGAGGCACCCACAGAACUCCCAAAAGGCAUCCUUCAUGGUGCCCUUACUCCCUGUACUGCCCAUUGUGAGCGCUCUUAUAAACAUCUACCUCAUGUUCCAGUUAGAAGGCGCCACGUGGUUACGCUAUGCCAUCUGGAUGGCAGUAGGCUUGGUCAUCUAUUUUGGCUACGGGCUGCAUUACAGUGUUCAGAACCAGCGUCACAAAACCAACCUUUCAGCCAUCGAAACCAUCAGUGAAAAAACAGACAAGGACAUGUUAAAAGAUUGCCGAUUAUAAGUGCUCGCGGGAUAGUGAGAGAUGUAUAGAGAUGUUACUGUGAGUCACUGUUUUGUAAAUGUGAGGUAACUAUAAACACCACUGGCGUUCCUUCUUACAGUGUUAAGCAUCUGAGGUUCACAAUGACUUCAUCACACGUCCGUGCAGUUAAAAUGUGCACGCACAUUUUAUUUAAUUUUCUCCACUGUCAGGUUCCACAAUAUGUUUCUUAGUCAUCAUAUUUACCUGUAUUGCCGAAUUAUUGUGAAGUCGUUCCUGCACCCAUGUGCUUCAUAAACUGUAGAAAAUGUCAGCAGUAAAAACAAAUCAGCUGCUAAUUUAUUUGUACUUUUUAAUUUUGUUAAGAUUAUAUGAAGUUGUAAUUGGGAUUUAUAGAUAUCUUUUUUUCACACAAUUAGUUUUAUCACCCGGCGGACGUAAGAGGUUUUUCUGAUUUUUGUUUUUGAUGUAUACGCGUUUUAGUAAGUUUCCUGUAUCAAAGUGGAAAUAUGAAGAGUUUACAUGUUUUCAAAUGAUAAAUUGUGAAUGUAUACUUUAAUUAAAGAGAAACUAACGUCCUCAA